CUCCCUGCCAUUACGUGAGGCACCUAACACACAAAUGCGUACACCGUCACAACUGACCCCGUCCUGUGGCUGCCUAUGUCUUGUCCAUUUACUCUAGUCCCAUUUGUUUCAAUGCCCACAACACGACAUCGCCCCUUGUCGUCGUCGUCGUCGUCGAAAGUUCGGCGACACGCGCCUGGUGCCCAGGGUGAAUAAUGCUUGGCAUCUUGAGACUCACUGUUCUUCAGCCUCAAACCAACCCUCCGAGCACAUCUGCAAGACUCGCGUAUCUCUGCGUCUGCCGGCUCACUGCGUUUCUCAAUCCGAAGAUCCCGCUUCACUUCAGCCCUCCACCUCGAGUUUCCCCAAACCCAAACCCAAACCCACACACACCACACUCCUUCUCUGGUGGCUUUCGCACCCUCUGCUAGCAGCUCGCAGCAAGCAGAAGCAAUGCAACGUUAAUUUGGCCUCCCUUCACUCUAUCCCAGUACCGCCCUUUCUGCAUAGCAAUGCCUCUGCCUCUCACCUGCCUACAGGUGAUGCCACACGAUCACGCCGUGCCACUGAGGUGCCAUGGGCGGCUCUGGUGUCGAUUCUUGUUAUCCGGCAACUACUAGUGUCGUUCUACUCCUUCAGAAAAGGACCCGUUCGUCCUCCCCUUUCGAUGUGAGCCUGCCACGAGGCCACUCCCUCGCUCGCUCGCUCGAUCACACACAAAACAGCCGUGAACCAACAACAAUCACCCCUCGCAGGUCGUCCAACCAAGAAGUAGGACUGCGCGCAACAAACUGCUAGCGCCAAGCCGUGGUCCGGCACGAGAAGGAGGCUCUGUUGAUCUUCGCUACUGGGAUUGGUCCAAUGGAGCCUUUGGGGACCCUGCCACACACCAUCUUCUGUUCGUCUGGACGGCUGCGCAUGGCCACGGCUCCAGGGGAGUCCCGUUUCAGAUGCAUUUCAGAGGUCUCAGGCCGUGCAUUGCCCAGCACCACACAAGACCACACAUCCCGACAGACCCUUGAGGUGUGUCCAGUAAUGGGCCAGGUGCCGCGACCGACAUGUUCCGCCUCUCAAACACUCGAGCAGGGAGAGACGAGGAAGAUGGGAUUGCCCAUCCAUACAAAAGCAUAACUGAUUUCCCCUCUUUCGUGCUUGCGUUGCCCUUUUCUUGCCCCUUCUCCCGCUCGACCGUUUCCGCCCAUUCUCUCUUGCCAAUCUUCCUUCUUCACUUCUUGAAUAGCGCACUGGGGGCAGCUUAGACUCAUAUUGACCAUACUACUUUUUUAUUUAUAUUCUUUCCUUGUUCUCAUACCCUCAACGACAGACACUACGAGUCUAUCAUCAACGAAACGAUAACGAAAACAUCCGACAAGAUGGGUCUUAUUCUUCCUCUCCGAAUCGUCCAGGGCGUUCUGGCAUUGGUGAUUCUGGGUCUCUCGGCCUUUGUCGCAAACUGGUACAACAUGGACACGAUGACAUCGUCCCCGUCCCAGAUCAAUUUCCUGGUCUUCGUCCCGCUCUGGUCCUUCAUCUCGAUCGCCUACCUCGAGCUGGUCCCCAGAUUUGCUCCCAGAGCUUCCCACCCCUGGGCUGCUGUCGGCUUUGAGGCGCUCAACGUGCUCUUCUACUUCGCCGGCUUUAUCGCCCUCGCCGUCUUCCUCAGCAAGCUCCUCUUCUGCCGCGGCUCCGUCUGCGCCGCCGCCCGUGCCGACACGGUCCUCGCGGCGCUCCAGUUUGCCCUCUGGUCCGGGACCGCACUGCUCAUGGCCAAGGACGUCUUCAAGACGGGGUUCCGCAAGCCAACCGCCGCUGGCCCCCCUCCUCAAAUGAAGGAGUCCGUGUAAACACCUACGCCGACUCCUUUAAGGCCUUUCAUGCCGCCCUUGAGGAGCGCCGGCGGGAGGCGUCUGUCGAGCUCAUCCGGGUCAAGCGCAUGCCGUCGUGGGACCGCAAAAGCGACCGCAAUAAACUCUGGGAGAUCGAUCAGAGGCGCAUAUACGGCCCGGGGUUUAGUGACGUGAACCUUGUCUAGAUGACUGGUUUACACGGAAUUUGUAGGGGAAGAGGAAAACCGAACAUGCCAAACCUGGAAAGGACGGGGUGUUUGUAUUGAGAUGGAUGUCAUUAGGUUGGCACGAAUAUUGGAAAAUAUGUGUGGAUCGGAUACAAUUGGGUUUUGGGUUGGUCACUUCAAUAAGGACGUAGAUGCUAUCCGUAUUAUUAUUACUCUGCAGACUUCGGUCUGUAGUUUUUCCUUCCCAUAA